GUUGUUCUGACUGACGCUACAGUUUGGCUACAUUCUUCAUGUUUUCAAAUCUUUAUUUGAUUUAGCGUAACGAUAGUGGUUUAAAAAAGCAGAUCAAAGCGGUUGUUGGUCUGAGAUUUUCAUCUCUUAGCCAAACCAUGGCAGACCCAGCCCGUGUAAAACCUGAAACUGGUUUCAGUGAGACAAGCACCCCAGCCCAGAGGUCCAAGCAGAGCGAGGGUUCAGGUGAUGGUCCGGUGAGCGGCAGUACCUCCUCUAAACCCACUGCAGUCCAGACCAAUACAAAAGAAGACAAAACUAAGUCAGCUGAACAUACUGCUGCUGGUGAAGAAGAGGAAGAGGGAUCUUCAUCUCUUCACCCCCCACCUGCUAAAAAACUAAAAGUGGAGCAAGACAAGAAGAAAGAGAAACGACAUAAGGUUGAUGAAGAUGAAAUACAAAAGAUGCAAGUUUUAGUAUCGUCAUUUUCUGAAGAACAGCUGAACCGUUAUGAGAUGUACAGACGCGCAGCUUUCCCAAAGGCUGCCAUUAAACGAUUAAUUCAGUCCAUCACAGGAUCAUCCGUUUCUCAGAAUGUGGUCAUCGCCAUGUCUGGGAUUUCAAAGGUGUUUGCUGGAGAGAUAGUUGAGGAAGCACUUGAUGUGUGUGAGAAGUGGGGAGACACGCCACCCCUGCAGCCCAAACACAUGAGAGAGGCUGUGAGGAGACUGAAGAGCAGAGAACAGAUUCCCAACACGAAACACAAACGCAUCCUUUUCCACUGAGCGCCAGCCACACUCAUGACUCAUUGUCUCCAGUUUUGUUCAUAAGGUUCACAAAAUAUGUUUACUUAUUUUGUCUGCAAAUUCUCCUCUUGAGAAAUCAGCACAUUUGAAAUGACAAAAAAAAAUACUCUUUUAUCAUUAAUGGAAUUGAAGAGUUGCAGGUAAAUACUGUACAAUUUCUCAUUGAAACUAAGAAAUGUUAGCAUAUGGGAGAAAUGUCCUUCUUAGUCUUUUUAUUGUGUUGUAAAUUUUGAUUUGUCAGUGAAGGGUCACUUGUUUGUGAAAUAAUUAAAUUGUUUGAGAAAAUAUGCAGUUAUUUUUUAUUAGAAACUGGAUCUUCUUCACUACUAGUUUCGUCCAAGACCUUGUUUAGGGUUAUGCAAAGUUUACAUUUUCAUUGAUUUCCUGCUCAUUUAUGACAUUGUGGAAAUGGUUGUGUCAUUCUAGAUCUCAGUCGCACAGUAUCUCAUUUAUCGCGUCAAAGAAACACCAAACAGAAAACAAAGCCGUGUUUUACUACAAAAUCAUAAGCAUUUAAAAAGUUAAACCAAGAUCACACCACAGAUUAUGUAAAUUCUCUUUAUUUUGUGAAUUUGUUUAGUUGGCCCAUAGAAUUGUUAAGCAAUAAAUGUUAAAGGAACAGUUAAACUGAAAGUACUGUUAUUAUAGAGUUUGUUUAAAAUAUAACAACAGUAUACAUACAGUAAUUGCAAAAAGUGAUGUCUAGAGGGCAUAUUUGUAUAAUAUUUGCUAAUAUUCCUUUAGGUUACAUUAAACUAUUUAUGAGGAGUAGCCUGUAGUACAAAAUGGAGAAAACUAAACAACUAUACUGUGAUUUCAUGGCUGCUGAAGCUUUGAAUGUUGAUAGUUUUGAGGUGAAAGGGAAACACUUUACAUUGUUUUUUUUAAACAACAAGCAUAUAAAAAUGAUUAGUCAGUAUGAGUAUUUGUUUCUCAUGCACAAAAAUCUCCAGCUUUAUUUAAAGUUAAAUUACAGAAUAUGGAAAAUAAAAACUUGUCAAAUUUGCUGAUUGUUGAUAGUAAAUGAUAAAAUGCUUUAAUGAAAAAGUAAAAAUGCAAAUAGGUUUCUGUAAUGGUUAGGUUUAUGUGAGGACAGUCUCAUGAUUCAGAAGGGAAAACACUUCUAUUCACAUCUAUUUGUGUUCUGAGAUAAUGUAAAGUUGAAUUAAAUGGGUAUUGUGUAGUAAAGAUAUUAUUGACUCCUAUGACAAGUUACUUGUGAUGUUACUCAUUUGAA